AUUUUAUCAUCCUCAUGGACUCGUUGUCUAACCGAAAUAUUGAUGAUAGUUUUGGAGAUCACAGGGAGAGUUAUAGUCAACAAGACUAUUAUUCUGUCAAUCAAGAUGAUAGCUCUUCUGGAUUAGGAAGCCUCCGAAAUAGAAGAUCGAGACCUAGAAACAGCACUGUCCGUAAUUUUAAAGGAAAGCUGACUGAAGGGGACAGCAUCAUUGAUGAAGAGGAAAAUGUGCAUCUUAAUGUUGAAGAAGAGUCUAACGGUACAGACCUAUUUCAAAUCGAUCAGCUCUUACAGGAUUUUAAUGCAGAUGAAUUCCUGAAUCCACCUCCUUUAAGAGAUAGAAUUGUGUUUUAUCUCCUAAGAUUUAAAGCUGGUCUUCCAAUGUUUACAACUCUAUUACUGAUAUACGGAAUAGGGCUCUCAUACUUCCUUACCUAUCUGCUGCCAAUAGUCUACAGUGAAAAUAGAGAUAACUCUGAAGAAUCUGAAUCUGUGAAGAGAUCAGAGGUCUAUACUUUCAUCAUUCUAGUGAUUCUCUUUAUUUCUUUCAUGUUUCUUAUUUCCUUCUCGUUGUACAAAGCAUCCUAUACAGAUCCUGGUUCGACUAAUAAUCCCCAAGAGUGGGAUAUCAAAGAUACUGAGACUAUAUUCGCUAGUUCUCAGCCUGUUGAAGAGGUCUUCGCAAGAUCCCAUGGAAACAACAACCAAAAGGAACUUUCCUUCAGCAAUAAUGAUCCAAAUUCUUACUUGAAUAAUGUUGGAAAAUUGAGAUACUUCGAACUUCAGGGUAGGCAAGCGAAGAGAGUCAUUCUCAAAAAUAUAUCAAAUUUUAAGCCAUUGAACGAGUCUGAGAUGAACUACCCGGUUUCUCAACAAAUAUUUUGUGGUGUUGAGUCUGAUGUAACCCAAGCUAUUAGACGAAGAUAUCGCAAGAAAAUGCAAGAAUUUAACUUAGAUGAGACUAGUCCUGCUAUCAAUGAUGAUUCAAACAGGGCAUAUGAGGGCCAAUUUAGAACAGGACAAGAUUUGAGAAAGCCAAAAUUACUUCAGACUCCAAAAACGUUUGAAGAUGAAAGAAUAUCCCACCUUGAUGUUGAUAGGCAUUUUAACCUCAAGAGGAAUUUGGAUACAAACUUUCCUAUUUUUACAAAAACAUUUGAGAAUAAAAAGGAUGGCUCUGAAAGGAUCUGUAUAAAAUGCUUGAAGAAAAAGCCUGAUAGGUGCCAUCACUGUUCUGUUUGCAACGUCUGCACACUUAUGAUGGAUCACCACUGUCCUUGGGUCAACAACUGUAUAGGGUUCUAUAAUUACAAGUACUUCUUCUUGUUGAUCAAUUAUUGAAUGAUCAGUGCAUGGUUUAUCAAUAUCACAUACUGGGAAGAGUUUGUAAGAGUCCUUGCAUCAGUUACUACUUCUAAUAUCUACCUGCUAGUAGUAUGCACUACAUUCAUGUUUUCAGUGGUGAUGUCUAUAAUCCUGACCUGCUUUUGAAUUUUCCAUUUCAGAUUAAUAAUGACGAACUACACAACAUUGGAGUAUUGAGAAAAGAAGCGGGAAAAGGAAUCCACAUGGCAAGUGUCGCCUUAUGAUCUCAAAACUGCAACUCAGAACAUUAAAUCUAAGCUUGGAUAUGAUCCUCUUUUCAAGCUGCUUUUUCCACUCAAGCCCAACCUUCAGAGCACAGGGACUUCUUUUCCCGUCACCGAGAGAUUCAUAGAUGAGUUUGAAAUGAGUAGAGAUAUGGCCCAUGAAGACGAAAGUGAAAUUCUCAGAGAUUUUUAAGCAAUAUUCCUAAAUAAAGUGGCAGCAUUAGUUUAAAAAUAUUCACUUUAUAAUC